AGGAAACUGUCAUCGCACAGUAGUUAUUAACCGACAAACAUAGCUAGCCGGCCGUUUGUGAUUAGCCACGUCAUGUAAACUUUUCAAGUGCUACUGUUCAAAUAUUUACGAGCUGGCGUAAUCAGGAGAGUCCUACUUUGGAUUUUAUGUUUAAUACUCUGAAAUAAUUAUAUGGAAGAUGUCAGACAUCGGGGACUGGUUCAAAAGCAUCCCCCCUAUCACAAGGGGCUGGUUUGCUGCCUCCAUUGCUGUUCCCCUCAUUGGGAAACUAGGAUUGGUUGAUCCCAUGAAGUUUGCACUGAGGCCAGAUUUGUUCCUAUACAGAUUUCACCUCUGGAGACCAGUGACGGCCACCCUGUAUUUCCCAGUUUACCCCAAUACUGGCUUCCUGUUCCUAGUCAACCUAUAUUUCCUCUACAAUUACUCCACUCGGUUAGAGACAGGGGCAUUUGAUGGCCGACCAGCUGACUAUGUGUUUAUGCUCCUCUUCAACUGGAUCUGCAUUGUUAUAACUGGGCUGAUCAUGGACAUGCAGCUGCUGAUGAUCCCGUUGAUCAUGUCCGUACUCUACGUUUGGGCUCAAUUCAAUAAAGAUGUCAUUGUGUCUUUCUGGUUUGGAACCAGAUUCAAGGCACAUUAUUUGCCUUGGGUCAUCUUGAUCUUUAACUUUAUCAUCGGAGGCUCGUUUGUGAAUGAACUUAUUGGGAACUUGGUGGGUCAUCUCUACUUCUUUCUAAUGUUCAAAUACCCUAUGGACUUGGGAGGACGCUCCUUUCUUUCUACGCCAGAGAUCUUGUAUCGAUUCUUCCCCACCAGGAGAGGAGGGGUGUCAGGUUUUGGAGUCCCUCCCACAAGGAGAGCAGCACCUCAGGAGGCGGCAAGAGGAGGAGGAGGUGGUGGCGGCAGACGUCACAACUGGGGUCAAGGCUUCCGUUUGGGGGAUGAAUAAGAUGACAAGUGGCAGCCAUCACCUACUUUCUAACAUCUGAGCUUGGGUUCAAAAUGUUUGCUUCUUUACUUUUUUCUGUUUGAGGAACUCCAAAUGAGUUAAUUUAAGCCCAACAAUUGAAAAGUAGAGGAAGCAGAGGAAUACGCUGCUGUUUGGACGACUUUCAACCUGAAAUGGAUUUUUAUUUUAAUGUGAUUAUUCUACUCCACUUUGUUUCUCUUUUACUGCCUUAUUUCACCCAUUGACAGUAGACGGACAAGUUGAGAGAUGCUACACAUCCCGUAGUGGAUUGAUUCUUCAUGGUUGUUUCCACCCUAGUAGACAGCAUCUCAUUUGACUUUGUAAUUGUCAAUUGGCUGAACAAAUGCUUAGGUGUGGCACACACACCUACUACCACAAGUAAAUUUUGUUUUUGUAAAUACAACUUACUGAAAAGA